AUGAAACCAUACGACACGAAGGUCGAGCGCAUGCGCAAGCAUGAAUACCCAUAUAUGCAAGAUCAUAUCUAUCUCGAUCAUGCCGGAACAACUCUGUAUAGUGCGACUCUCGUGCAAAGAUUCCAAGCUGUGAUGUUGGCAAAUAUUUACGGCAACCCUCACUCUGCUUCAGAAUCUAGUGUAAGAUCCACGCGCGACAUUGAAAGCAUACGACUGCAAGCCUUGACAUACUUUGGCUUCGAUACAGAUCAGGUAGACCUCGUCUUCACGUCCAACACAACGUCUGCGAUCAAGCUGGUCGCCGAAACACUCCGAGAGAGCCAGCGAGGCUUCUGGUACGGAUAUCACGCCGAAUGUCAUACCAGUCUGGUUGGAGUCCGCGAGCUGGCCACAGAACAUCAUUGCUUCGCCCGUGAUGUUGAUGUGAAAUCCUGGCUCGAUGGCAAGCUGCUCGGCGGACAUACAGGUCCCGGCCUCUUUGCAUAUCCCGCACAGUCUAAUUUAAAUGGUCGCUGCUGUCCUCUAGAUUGGAUCGCGGACAUCAAAGCCCGAAAAGCUGAAGUAGAAAUAUACUCCCUACUAGAUGCUGCAUCGUUAGCUGCAACGUCACCUCUAUGUUUCAAAAGCCCAGAAUCCGUCCCAGACUUCACAGUGUUGAGCUUCUCCAAAGUUUUCGGAUUCCCGAAUCUUGGUGCUGUGAUCAUCAGAAAGGAUGUCUCACAUCUAUUCGAUCGUCGAAGGUAUUUUGGAGGAGGCACAGUUGACAUGGUCGUCUGCGUUCAGGAGCAAUGGCAUGCCAGGAAGACAGGUACCUUACACGAGCGCUUGGAGGACGGGACUCUACCGAUUCACAGCAUAUUAGCUCUUGGAGAGGCUAUGCAUACGCACGACGAUCUAUUCGAGAGCUUACCUUCGACUCGGCUGCACACGACUACCCUGGCCGAUCGCCUGCGAAAUGACCUCGCGAUAUUGAAGCACGCGAAUGGCGCAAAUGUGUGUACAAUGUACGAUUCGAGAACGAGCGAUCUCACAGAGACGCAAAAGUACGGUCCUAUCGUGGCGUUCAAUAUGCAAGACUCUCAGGGUCAGUGGCUCAGUCACGCAGAGGUGGAGAAACUAGCUGCCAUCAAAAACAUUCACAUUCGUACGGGAGGUCUCUGCAACCCGGGCGGGAUAGCGACCCAUCUUCAACUGGCCUCAUGGGAGAUGCUCGAAAACUUCUCGGCAGGCUUCAGAUGUGGUUCGGAGAAUGAUGUCAGGAAUGGUAAACCGACAGGCGUCAUUCGCGUCAGUUUAGGAGCCAUGAAUACCCAUGCUGAUGUGACAAGAUUCGUCUCGUUCGUCCAAGAAUUCUUCGUAGACAAAACAGUGCCUGUUCAAAGAUCAGAUUCUCCCUUCGAGGCAACCAAACUUCCUCAAGCAGUGCAUUACAUCGAGAGUUUGACGGUGUACCCAGUCAAGAGCUGCGCAGGCUGGAGGAUUCCACUUGGGACGGAUUGGGAUGUUCACUCGACAGGGCUGGCAUGGGAUCGAGAAUGGUGUGUGAUUAAUCGAAGCACUGGUGCGGUGAUCUCUCAGAAGAAGUAUCCGCGCAUGGCGCUGCUCCGACCAGAGCUUGAUUUCAAGACCGGAGUCCUUCGGAUGAGCGACUCAAGCACCGAGAGGCAAAUUUCGGUGCCACUUUCCAAAGAUCCUGGUCUGUUUAUCGACGAGGCGCAGAGAGUUCGCGACGUCACUGUUUGUGACGAUGCUAUCCAAGCACGCCAAUAUCUUUCGUGUACCAUUGCCGACUUCUUCACAGACAUGCUCGGUAUCCCUUGUACCCUCGCACGUUUCACAGCAUCGGCCGGCUCAAGCUCUCGUCAUAUGAAGGCUCACCUUCAAGGAAAGGACGUGAAGCCAUCAUCCUUGCUUCUCAGUAACGAGUCUCCAAUCCUGACCAUCAGCCGCUCGUCUCUCAACGCCCUGAACGACAUGAUUACCGCAAAGGAUGGCAAAAUCGCCCGGGCAGCAGCAUUUCGCGCCAACAUCGUCGUCGCUGAGCGAGGUGAGGAUGAUUCAUCAUCGGAGCGGCCGUGGAUCGAAGACAAUUGGCAAGCCAUGCGUGUCGGCGGGCAGGGCGGCCCACAACUUGACUUCUUAGGUGGUUGCCGCCGGUGCCAGAUGCUGUGUAUCGAUCAAGAAACUGGCGAGAAGAAUCAAGAGCCGUUCGUGACUCUAGCCAAGACCAGGAGGAGGGAUGGCAAGGUGAUGUUCGGGAUCCAUACGGCUUUGAGAUUGCCAGCCGAGCAGAAUGUGAACAACACAAAGACGAUUCGCGUUGGCGAUGUUGUGGAGACUUGGGUCAAGCAAUCCGUUUGA